AUGACUUCGACUCUGCAGAAUACCCCCUUCGUGCCCUCUGGGCCCUCCGAGUCUGGGCAAGCCCCAUCGGCACACCAAACCACUAGCGCUCAAUCCCCUGUCGACACGCACAGUCCAAUCACGGCCGAUAAUUUUGACGACGAUACAAACAGUGAAUUCGAUGAUGCGCUCUCCGAUCUCACGUCCCUUUCUUCAAGCGUGCUCGAUUUUGAAUAUGAAAAUGGUAGGCGGUACUGCAGUACCCGCUCAACAAGUACUUAUAUGAUGCCUAAUGACGAGGAGGAACAAGAUCGAAUGGAUCUGACACACCACAUAUGGCUGAUGAUGUUGGGAGGAGAGCUCUACAAUGCACCCAUCACAUCAUCACCACAGAACAUUCUUGAUCUCGGAACCGGAACGGGUAUUUGGGCGUUGGACAUUGCCGAAAAAUUCCCCAGUGCCCAUGUGAUUGGAAACGACGUCAGCCCCAUCCAACCAAGUUGGGUGGCCCCAAAUAUUGAGUUCAUCGUGGAUGAUUUCGAAAGGGAAUGGCAGUUCGAAGAAAACCACUUUGACUUUAUCCAUGCAAGAUGUCUAGCAGGAUGCGUAGCGGACUGGCCAGGGUUUAUCCGUCGGAUCUUCGAUCACGUCAAACCCGGCGGCUACUUUGAAUCACACGAAAGUGCUGUGUGGGCCCGGAGUGACGAUGGCUCUCUUAGGCCAGACUCCGCCAUCAUGGAAUGGCAGCAAGCAGUCAAUCUGGCGGGCGAUUUAAGCGGUCGCGAGCUAAACAUCUACCAUAAGCUGAAAGGCUGGAUGAUUGAUGCCGGCUUUGAGGAUGUCACCUUAAAGGUAUACGCCCUGCCAUUCUCACCGUGGCCGAAGGAACCGUUUCUCAAGACUCUGGGCAAGUAUCAGGCAGUGCAGUUACAGCAAGCUAUCGACUCUUAUUCACUGCGUCUGUACACACAAGUGCUGGGUUGGGGUGCGGAUGCCGCUAAGAUUCAUAAUGCUGUGGUCAAGCAAGAGCUACGCGAUAAGAAGCUGCAUGCCUAUGUUCAAACAGUUGCCGUCUAUGGGAGAAAGCCUUCUCGCUGGUAA